CGAAGGAAAGCGCUCAGGGUCAGGCGUUCCCAGGCGCAGUCGGUAGAGUUUACUUCCGCCCGGUCUGGUCCAGCGGUGAGGAGUUGCACGUGCGAUGCUGUGUACUUUGUUCCCCGUCUAAGCUACCGUCUCUUGUGGACGCUAGGGGCAAGGAUGUGGGGCCCAGCGUUGGGGCUUCCUCCGCGGCUGACGCUGUCAGUGUUGGGCCCUGGUCGCUGUUGCAUUCUGGGGUCCGGGGCCUCGAUGCGGAAGGACUUGCGAGGGAGGAACCGCCGCGGCUUCUCUGACUUCCACCCACAGCCGUUGUCCGAUCUGGAUUGCGAGGAGUCACCCUCGUGGGUUAGCAAGAGUCGAUCGGAACCUACGCGUCACGUAACCAGCAAGAAACUGGCUAAGGCCCUGGUUGGAACUCUACUGGGACACUACAGGCCGUCCCGUCAACUUUUACUGGAGUGUAAUCCAGGUCCUGGAAUCCUGACUGAGGCAUUACUUAAAGCUGGUGCCAAAGUGGUUGCCCUUGAGAGUGGCAAAACAUUUAUUCCACAUUUGGAGUCCUUAAGGAAAAUACUGGAUGGAGAGCUACAAGUGGUUCACUGUGACUUCUUUAAAAUGGAUCCUAGAAAUCAGGAACUCAUAAGACCAGAGUUGAGUUCACAUAAGCUUUUUCAGAAUUUGGGAGUGAAAGCAGCUGCUUGGUCAGCAGGUGUUCCAUUAAAAAUUUUUGGAAUCCUCCCAAGUAAAUAUGAACGAAAAAUACUUUGGAAAAUUGUGUAUGAUCUGUAUUCCUGCGCAUCUAUAUAUAGAUAUGGACGAAUAGAACUAAAUCUGUUUAUUGGUGAUAGAGAAUUCAAGAAACUAACAGCAACUCCUCAAAGACCAGAUUUGUAUCAUGUAUUAAGUGUUCUUUGGCAAGUGGCUUGUGAAAUUAAAAUUCUGCGCAUGGAACACUGGUCAUCAUUUGGUCUGUAUACUGAAAGUGGGCACCUAGAAAAGUCAAAGCGGAGGGACCCAUUACAUCAAAUGCACCAAAACCUACAUCUUGUUCGGAUGACACCUCGUAAAACUUUAUUUACAGAAAACUUAAAUCCUAUUAACUAUGAUAUAUUUUUUCACAUGGUGAAGCACUGCUUUGGGAAACGUAAUGCCCCACUGUUACAUCAUUUACGUUCACUGAGUACGGUUGAUCCAGGGGAUAUACUGCGGCAGAUAAGAAGAAAUCCUGGAGAGACGGUCCUUAGAAUGUACCCUCAAGACUUUAAAAGACUCUUUGAAGCUAUCGAACAAUCUGAAGAAACUGUCUUUAAAUGGGUCUAUGAUGAAAGCUUGGAUGACAUAGUGAUAUAGGAAAACAGACUGUCAAGACAGUAGCUGAAGCAGUUUAUUUAUUUCACAUUGCAACACAAAUGCAAACUAAAAUUGAAAAAGUUCACUUUAUUUCAACAGAAGAUAACUGUUGUUUGGCACCAUCUAGGCAGAUCGUUUCUUCUGAAGUUGUUGCCUUUGAUAUAUUGGAUAAAACUGUUUUAUAAAAUAAAAUGAGCUGGGGUGUGGUGGUGCACACCUUUAAUCCCGGCAUUCAGGAGGCAGAGGCAGGUGGAUCUCUGUGAGAUCAACACCACUGUGAUCUGCAUAAUAAGUUCCGGCCAGCUGGGGCUAUGGGGAGACCCUGUCUCAAAAAACAAAAAGAGAAUGAAUAAAAUUAAAACUUCAGUUGUGUAUUUGGUCAGAUCAAAUUUGUUUUGUUUUAAAUUGCUAUCUGCUGUAGGUCGAUGGUAGAGUACAUGCUUAAUUAUGUACAAGGCUCUGGCUUUGAUC